AUGCUACUAAACUUUGCACUACUGUUCUUUAAUGUUAUCUUGGGACAAGGUUUACUGUACCCACAGGUUUGUUUUUCACUUAAACAGUAUGUUACUGUUCGUUUAGCCCUUAAAAAGUUUGGUACUUUUAAUUUAGUACUUUUAGAUUAUAGUUUACAAUUUAAAAAUUUUUCUCAUAAAAGAAGUCACUAAAUUAAACUGUUUAGCCAUUGUAAAGCAUUAUCCUUUCAGCGUAACAUCAUCAGAGGCCUAGAUUCCUUGGACGGUCUAUGGACUUUUGUACUAGAGGAUUCAUUGUCUGGUAAUGCUGGUAUAAUCAACAAAUGGUACCAAAAAGAACUCAGAAAUUUCAUAAACGCAACCAAUUUUCCAGUGCCUGCGGCGUUUAAUGAACUUUUCAACAAACAUAAAGAACGAGAUCAUAUAGGAUGGGUAUGGUACCAAACAACGUACUAUAGGAGAAAGACUGAUGCCACCAAAAGGCUACUACUACGCUUUGGAAGUGUGAACUACCAUGCUAUUGUGGUACGUUGGUUAAGUUUGUUUGCAUAAGCUUUUCGUACCUUUAUGCAUCAUAUAUGUAAAUGUAUAUAAAGCUUGCUAUUAACUUUACAAUUUUAUUAUUCUGAACUUUAAUUUAAAGAUAAAGAAUAUGUUUAAUGUAACAAAACAAUCAUGCCCCUUUACAGUAUGUAAACGGAGAAAAACUGACAGAACAUAUAGGAGGUCAUUUACCAUUUGAAACCGAGCUACCAAUUAACACUACAGAAUACAAGAUUACUGUCGCUGUAAGCAAUGAAUUGACUGCAGAUACGUUACCUCAAGCUAACUCUGGUGUAAGACAUAAGAAAAACAUUACGUAUCAAGAACCCUACUUUGACUUUUUCAAUUAUGCAAGAAUACUUCGACCUGUCGUUGUCCAAAUUCUCGACCAGAUCUACUUAAAAGCCUUGAAAAUUACAACUAAUCAGAACAGUAAGUUAAAUUAAUCAAGUUUUAAAUCAGUUUUUGCAUUUUUUAGAAGUUGCUUAUAAAAUCGAAGUGGAAAAUCCAAACAAACUUUGCUACCUUAGACCCUAAUAACAAGAAAAUUGAGACAGUCAAGUGGCCGAACCAAUUCAAACCUGUACAAGAUGUGAAGUUGUGGUGGCCAAAAUACUUUGGAGAAGCUACCCUGUAUUACAUAAAGGUAAGGGAACACUUCUUACAUGAAGAAUGCCAUUUUAAAUAUUAAAAAUACAAAAAUUUAGAAAAAACUUGUUUUCAGAUAAGAAUAGUACAGAACAAUGAAGAUAUAGACAUCUACACAGAAUCGUUUGGCUUCAGAAGCGUUGAGAAAAAAGGAAAUCAGAUCUACGUUAACGGAAAACAAUUCUACUGUUAUGGCUUCGGUAUGCACGAAGAUUACGAUGUAAGCUAACCAAAUGCUGAGGAAAAACUGUAUUUCUAUCUGACGAUUUUCAUCAUCAACUACGCUACAUCUUGACCAACUAAAACAUUUUUUCUAAUCUAUCUACACUUUCAACAUAAAACCUAAUUAUUUAACUUACAGCUAAACGGCAGAGGCUACAGCCCAGUUGUAAUGACAAAAGACUUGAAUAUGUUCGAAUGGUUAAACGCCAACUGUUACCGUACCUCUCAUUACCCUUACAGUGAAGAAAGAGCAUACGAAGCAGACAGAAGAGGCAUUAUGGUCAUAACUGAAACACUAGCUGUGGCGUUAAAGUAAGAUAAGAGUAACAUAAAAGUCUACGUUAACCUUUCCUUUUGUUAAAUUUCUAUUAGUAUAACUCACAUCUCAUGUAUAUAAAACUUUAGUAAGUUCAACGACAAAAUGAAGAACCUUCACCAACAGAUGAUAUCAGAAACUAUUCUCCGCGACCAAAACCAUCCUUCUGUCUUCGCCUGGUCUCUGGCUAAUGAGCCAAGUGCCGGUAGCAAUGGGAGUAUCCCUUACUUUAAAGCUUUGGCCGACUACACAAGAACUCUAGACGAUCGACCGGUCGGUAUUGCACUAGGAGUCGGAGGUGAUUUUGGCAAUAGAAAAGAGUUGAUAGAACCGUUCGACUUUUUUGGUAUAAACCACUACGAAGGAUGGUACAAAGAAAUGAACCACUUGGAAGUGGUACCAGACGGAUUAUACGACUCGAUAAAAAGUUCGUACAAUGCAGCAAAAGACAAAGUCCUGUAUUUGACAGAGUACGGUGCUGAAGCGCUGCCUGGACUAUCUAACGCAAGUUUCAGGCUUAAAAUUAAUUUGCAAAAAAUUUAAUAGAAAAUUUAACUUUGUUUUUACUAUCAAAACCCCCUUAUUAAUAGGGUGAACCGAAUUUGAAAUUAUGAUAAAGUUUAUAAAAGUAAUUUUUAUUUUUUUAGGAACAAAGCGCGGUUUUUAGCGAACAAUGCCAAAAAGACCUAAUUGAAAAAAGUUUCAAAGCCCUAGAAAGAGCUAGAACUGAAGGUAUUUUAGCUGGAGAGAUGAUUUGGAAUUAUGCUGAUUUCAUGACAUACCCAUGUAAGCUUACAUUUAAACUUUUUUACCGCAAAAUAUGCGAACAUAAUAUUCUAUCUUUAACUCAAUUACAUUUCAGCAUUAACGCGACCAUAUGGAAAUCACAAAGGAGUACUAACAAGACAACGGAAACCUAAACUCUCUGCAUAUUUAGUCCAAGAACGGUACAAACACCUUUCGGACAACCCCAAUAAUCAAAAAGAAAAAUUGUAA